GCUUUGAGUGUGUGGUUUGUAUUUUUCUAUUGCUUUUUCCGCUGUAUAAUGUAGUUUCUUUCGUUAUUGUAUGUAAGAGUGAGCGGGAUAGAUUGAUUGUACACCCGGUUUGCAAAUUUGUUUCGUUUCGUUUUUCUACGAGACCGACCUCUCAUUCCUGUUCCUGUCAUCGUUAUUCAUUCUCGUUGAUUUCGUUCCGUAUUAAAAAGUUUUCCUGUAGAUUGUGAAGCCGUUGACUGUCUUUUUUAGGAUAAAGUUUUGCAUGGAGGCGGGGGAAUUGAUUGAAAUAUAACGAAAGUUCGUCUUUAUCUAGUUUUCUAUUUACCACGAUUAUUUUCAAAGCCAGCUCUUCGUACUAAGCAUUUCAACGUCUAUGCCAUAAGUAAUAACUAAUGGAAAAUACUUCAACAACAUAUAUUAGCAUUCAUCGUAAGCCAGACGUAUAAAAGUUUUUAAACGAAUUCCAUAUCUCUGUCCAAAUUAGAAAUUUGAGUUAUGAAAAAAUUCUCAACACUCCAUUAGAGUAGAUAGCUAUGAUUUUUAUAAAAAAAUAUAAAUAAUAUACAUAGUUUUUGGAUACUUCUUGAAAUAAUUCUUUGUAUUAAAAGAGUGGUUAAAAGAAAAUACUUCUUUCAAAACUGGCGCGUCAAAUUAUUUAUUCAUAAUUAUUUAUAUAAUUGUAUACUCAGACAUGAAUGAUACUUAAAUACAACAAGAAUUGUAUUAUUUCGCACAUAAAAGGCCAUGAUAAAAUUACUUUUCUAAUAUUUCGGCAAUCGAUUUUCAACGAAGUUGGUUGAAGUGUAUUAAAAUUGCAAAAUAAUUUGAUAAACAGUGCUGGCAAUUUUUGUCUCUGUGAUCGCAACAACUGACAUUAUCAGUGUGGCAAAAGAAAGUAAACCAAUUUGGAGUUAAAAUAAGUAAACAAAUGUAUAUGAUGGACGAGUCUCAACCAAAAACGUUGUACGUUGGCAACUUAGACGGUUCAGUUUCCGAAGAUUUACUAAUCGCAUUAUUCAGUCAAAUGGGUCCCGUCAAAAACUGCAAAAUCAUAAGAGAACCCGGCAAUGAUCCAUAUGCAUUCAUUGAAUACUCAACUUAUCAGGCGGCAACUACUGCUCUAACUGCAAUGAAUAAGCGAUUAUUUCUUGAUAAAGAAAUAAAGGUGAAUUGGGCUACUAGUCCUGGGAACCAGCCAAAAACAGAUAUUAGUUCACAUCAUCAUAUAUUUGUUGGUGAUCUCAGUCCAGAAAUCGAAACAGAAACAUUACGUGAAGCUUUUGCGCCAUUUGGCGAAAUAUCAAAUUGCCGAAUCGUAAGAGAUCCCCAAACUAUGAAAUCGAAAGGAUAUGCUUUUGUUUCAUUCGUAAAGAAAGCAGAGGCGGAAAAUGCGAUACAAGCAAUGAAUGGACAAUGGAUCGGCUCUCGAUCGAUCCGAACAAAUUGGUCGACACGAAAAUUGCCGCCACCUCGUGAAUCUACCAAAUCUGGUAGUGGAAUGGGCAUGAAGGGAAAUGUACGACAUACCUUUGAGGAGGUAUACAAUCAAUCGAGUCCAACCAAUACCACCGUUUAUUGUGGAGGUUUUCCUCCGAAUGUAAUAAGUGAUGAAGUCAUGCACAAGCAUUUCAUACAGUUCGGACCUAUACAAGAUGUGCGCGUUUUUAAAGAUAAAGGUUAUGCUUUUAUUAAGUUUGUUACAAAAGAAUCAGCUGCACGCGCAAUCGAGCACACUCACAAUUCGGAAGUGCACGGCAAUCAAGUGAAAUGCUUUUGGGGCAAAGAAAACGGUGGUGAACACUCAAUGAAUAAUGUGGCGGCAGCGUCCGCGGGCGUAGCAGCUGCCGCAGCAGCUGCGGCCGCUGCCGCCGGCACUAUCAUAUCGCCUGGAGUACCGACCACACCACAACAAGCAGCAGCGGCCGCUGUCGUAGCAAACGCUGCUGCGGCUGGAGCAGGAAUACCUGCGCAAAUGAUGACACAACAGCAGUUGGCUGCCGCUGCGCAGUACCCAUAUGCAGCAGCCUACCAACAAAUGGGUUAUUGGUACCCACCUACAUUGUUUACACCGUUACAGGGCUAUCCGGCCGCUCAAAUGCAAACACAAUAUAUGCAACAAGGAUAUUAUCCAUACGCCUAUGCUAGUGCUCAACAGGCUGGAGCGGGUUACCGCAUGGUACAACCGAAUGUGGCUUGGGGCGUACCAGGCACUGUUGUGCCGAGCGUAACAGCAGCUGCUGCCACAGCUGCGGCCGCAGCUAAUGGCUCACUGGGUCCACAAAUGAUGUAUAGCGCUGCCAUGCCUCAGUAUCAGGGCCAAUGAACCUGAUAUGCCCGUCAUAGUUGUUGCAGCAAGUGGGUGAUACGGAAGAUUAAUAUAUUAAAAGGCAUCAAAAACAAAACACCAAACGAAUAAAAACAAAAACAAACGAAAAUUACAAAUACUUCAUAAUGAGAGCUCAAGUUGUGAAUUAGAGUACCUAUCUACUUAUCUUCCCACUUGGUGCUGUAAUUAUGGUCAGCAUUAUCAUCA